UUCUAGUUUGUCUUUAAUUGUGAAUCGUGGUGGAUUGAAUUCGUUUUACGUGUGCGUGUUGAGUAAUUAUUAAAAAGGAUAAAAAGUUCACUAAAGGAAGUUUCAAAUACUGCAUAAAUCCCAUAAUAUAAAAUGUAUACUAAAUUUGCACUAGUUGCAAUACUUGUUUGCUCCUUUUUGCGAUAUAGCGGUGCAGAUUUUCCCAAUGACCCGAAGCCAUGUAAGUAUGGAGAUGGCGAUUGUUUAGUAAAAGUCAUAAACUUUUAUUUGCAUGAGAAGAAACAAGGAGAUCCAUCGAUAGGUCUCUUGAGUAUUGAUCCCUUAGACGCCGGCACAUUCACUGUUAAACAAGGCGGUGAUAGUCCGGUUAAUCUUGAACUAACAUUUACUAAUAAUAAACUCUUCGGUUUUGGUGAUGCUUCGGCGUACAAAGCAAGAGGAUUCGGCAAAGAUUUAACCAAGAAACAUGAAUUACGUUUCAAAAUACCCGCAUCUACUUUGACCGGCGAUUAUAAAAUCGAGGGACAAGUGCUGGUAUUACCUAUAAGCGGUUCGGGUAAAAACAAUCUAACACUAAUUGACAACGAUAUGAUACUUCAAUGGGUGGGCGUGCCGGUAGAGAAGGAUGGAGCUACCUAUAUGAAAACAGAUAAAAUGAGAGUCACUCUAAAGCCCAAUAAAUUUAAGUUUAAUUUAGAUAAUUUGUUUAACGGUGACAAAGUUUUGAGUGAUAAUAUGAAUUUGUUCUUAAAUGAAAAUGCAAAAGAAAUCUACCAAGAAAUUGGUGGAACUUAUUCAAAAGAAUUGGCCAAAAUAAUGUCAAACAUUAUUGAUAAAGUCUUCUCCAAAACACCUUAUAAUAAAUUGUUUGUAGAAUAAAAUCAGGUUGAAUAAAACUAUACGCAUACUUGGAAA